AUUCUAUCUGUAACCAUCCUCGCUCUGUGUUCUUCGGACACCUUCAUUUCUACCCGGGCUUACAAAUGGCGCCAGCAAAGAAGGGUGGUGAGAAGAAAAAGGGCCGCUCUGCCAUCAAUGAGGUGGUGACUAGGGAAUACACCAUCAAUAUUCAUAAAAGGAUCCAUGGAAUUGGCUUCAAAAAGCGUGCUCCAAGGGCUCUUAAAGAGAUCAGGAAGUUUGCAGUGAAAGAAAUGCGCACUCCUGAUGUUCGUAUUGAUACUAGACUGAACAAAGCAGUAUGGGCCAAAGGUAUCAGAAAUGUUCCUUAUCGCAUACGUGUACGUUUGUCAAGGAAACGCAAUGAAGACGAAGAUUCUCCUAACAAACUUUACACACUGGUCACCUAUGUACCUGUCACAAACUACAAAGGCCUACAAACGGUCAACGUUGAUGAAAACUAAAUGGCGUUUCAUUGUGAAAAUAAAAAAUAAAACUGA